CCGCUAUUCGCGAUGGACCGCGCACUUCCCGACAAAGACGUCUCUUUCCCAUUCCUCUCGGCGUCCGUUUCUCCUUCAACCUUCUACCUUCCUCAAUUGUACAUCCUACGGUCGACAUUUACUGAGGGACCACAACCUAACUCGUUAAGCGCAUAGUCCGGAGAGAACCCGCACCAGGUUGUGCGCUCUCUACUCCCUGGAUUCCGUCGCACCCUCGACUCCAUUGAACCCGAUCGAUCCGGAGACGAAAGGCUAGCAAUUUGCCCAACAUGGUGGGCAAGAAGUCGGGCAAAGCUCUUCGUGAUGAAGGCCUGGAGCGGACGGAUAACAAUAUGGACCUCUCGAGCUGGCCGCAGGUCGCCGCAAUCAACCAGAAGAACUACUAUACGGAUUACCUGAAGAGAGACGACCAGUACCUCGCGUUCCGACUAGCGAAUGAAGAGGCCAGGAUCAAGAUGACCAAAAGCGCCAAGGACCGCGAUCGCGCUCGCGCAAUGGACAAAUCAACCGAAGAUGCGGACGCAGAAGCAGAGGCGGAUGCAGACGCCGACGCCGACGCCAACAUGGACGACGAUGAGGAGGAUACUCCGACAGAGACCGCGGGCUCCAAAGUCAUUGUGAUUCACGUUGGAAGCCAAAAUCUGCGAAUUGGCCUCUCAAGUGAUGCUUUGCCGAAAACUAUGCCAAUGGUAAUUGCAAGAAAAUCAAGUACCAACGAAAGCGAGGAUCGAGAAGAGCCGAAACCGAAGAGGCUCAAGCGGGAUGACGGGACGGAUGAAGACCCAGAGAGAGUAUUUGGACCAGAGUGGUCCUCUCAAUACACCAAGAUGUCUGCGGAUCUCAAGGUCCGAAUGAAGGCCAACAAGCGACGAAUGUUGCCCAAUCCCAAGGAGGGAGUAAUCAACUUCAACCGCAAGCAGACGCCGGAGGUCAUUUCAGAGCAUAAUGAUCCGGAGCGAGUUGACUGGACAGAGCUCGAGAGUCCUCCGCCAGAGUACAUUGUUGGACAAUCAGCAUUGCGGAUUCCCGAUGCCUCAAAGCCUCGAUACAAGCUCUUCUGGCCCAUUCAAAAUGGAUGGUGCAACGAGCGGGACUAUACGAGCAAGCGUAUGCUGUUCCGUGAUAUCUCCAUAAUCCUCGAAGAGGCGAUCAAAACCCAAUUAGGCCUCCACAGCAAAAAGGACUGGCCUCAGUACUCCUGUGUGUUCGUGAUUCCGGAUCUAUAUGAGAAGUCUUACGUGAACCAAGUGCUGGAGAUGCUGAUGCGAGAGUUCUCCUUUGCACGAGUGUGCUUUAUUCAAGAAAGUUUGGCGGCUACCUUUGGUGCCGGUUUCACCUCUGCCUGUGUCGUCGACAUUGGAGCCCAGAAGACGUCAAUUUGCUGCGUCGAAGAAGGCAUGUGUAUCGAAAACUCCCGAGUGAACCUGAAGAUGGGCGGCAACGACGUGACCGAGACUUUCACCAAGAUGAUGUUGCAUGACCAUUUUCCUUAUGCCGAUAUCAACCUCUGGCGUAGAUAUGAUUAUCUCCUGGCCGAGGAAUUGAAGAAGAAUAUUUGUACUAUGGAUGAGGCUAAGGUGUCUCCACAGGCAUUCGACUUGCACCUUCGAGUGUCCGGGCAAGAUACCGAGAAGCACAAUUUUAAGGUUUUCGAUGAGGGCCACCUAGCUCCCAUGGGCUUCUUUGAGCCGACCAUCUUCGACAACUCGCAGAAGCUGGAAGGCCGACGGAAGCUGAUUGAAAAGUCGGUCGAUAUUUAUGACGGCCAACCCAAUGAUCCCACUUCGGCAGCCCAGUCCGAGAUCUUGACUGCUUUGGCUCCCCCACUGCCUUCUAACGGCAAGGCCAACGGUGAGCCUGACGUGCAUGCGACCCCAGCUCGCCCGCAGCAGCUGAAUCCGCUGGGUCGGAUCCAGGAACAAGAUGCCACCCCUCGGUCUUCUGUUGCUGGGUCUCCUGCACCUGAAAUUGUGGGAACCCCCCAAGCGGGUGGGACCGGCACGCCGGCUGUCAAUGCAUCAACAUCUCAGCCUAGUCGCCCAGCUGUUGAGUACCGCGACGACAUCUUGCCCGUCUUUCCCCUGGACAACGCCAUCUUGACCUCGAUCGCUCAUGCUGCUCGGUCAGACGAGAAAAAGAUGCGGGACUUCAUUGGUGGUAUCAUGGUAGUUGGUGGUGGUAGUCUCACCAACGAACUGCAUGCAUUCCUUGAAGCACGACUGAAGGCUCUUCGUCCUGGUUUCCUAAAGGAGAUCAUGAUUGGCGUGCCGCCACGAGACCUUGAUGCUCAAGUGGUCGUCUGGAAGGGCGCCAGCAUCUUUGGAAAAUUGAAUGCUACUAAUGACAGCUGGAUUGGCCAGCUGGAAUAUGAUCGAUUGGGUCAUCGCUUGAUGGCAUACAAGUGCAUGUGGGCCUACUAAGUGCUUGUUUCAUGGGAGUUUUUUCUUAUAUCUUGAAUGGCUUCUUGAAAUUCUCUCUAUGAGACGGUGUUCAGGAUAGGUCAUCGGGAGACCAGAAGUAUUUUUCAUUUUAUAUUGUCAACGGAGAUUUUCCAUCAAAGUCUGAAGACAUUGUCUAUCCUUCAUCUCUGCGGAGUAGUACUUAGUAAACAGUAGAUAUGUG